AUGUCCCAAAGGGCGCAGGAUGUAAUCCAGAAGGCCAGCAACAAUGUCAUGUGGGAUGUGAUGAAAGACGUCUGGUGCGAGACAACCAAUCCGAAUGGCUACGUCAACGUCGGGGUAGCGGAGAACUCGCUGAUGCAUGGGACGCUGCUGGAACACCUGAACCGCACCCUCGAGCUCCCAGCCAAAUACCUCACCUACAACGACGGUGGCGGCGGUUCCGUGAGACUCCGCCGCGCGAUGGCCGCGUUCAUCAACCGGCAUUUCAGCCCCGUCAUGCCCGUGACGGCCGACCACCUGGUCGUCACCAACGGGGUCUCCCCGGCCAUCGAGCACGUAGCGUGGUCUUUCUGUGAUCCCGGGGAAGGGAUCCUUCUCGGCCGUCCAUUCUACGGGACCUUCAUUCCUGACCUCUCGCUCCGAUUCGGUGCGUCGGUGGUGCAGGUCGCCUUCGACGACUGCGACCCGUUCAGCCUCGAGGCAGUCGACAAGUAUGAGCAGGCUCUGCUGCGAUUCCAGACCGACACCGGCCGCAGAGUCAAGGCGCUGAUGCUCUGCCACCCGCACAACCCGCUGGGACGGUGCUACCCACGUCAUGUGCUGAUCGGACUGAUGAGACUCUGCCAGAAGUACCAGAUGAACUUCAUCAGCGACGAGAUAUACGCACUAUCCGUGUGGGAGAACACAGUCGAUCAGGCGCCAGCACCGGUGGCGUUUGAAUCCGCCCUCUCCAUCGACCUCACCGACAUUAUCGACCCCGGCCUCGUCCAUGUGCUCUGGGGUUUGAGCAAGGACUUUGGCGCCAACGGGCUGCGAAUGGGUGUGAUCAUUUCUCAGUUCAAUGAGGACGUUCACGUGGCUCUGGGCGGGAUCUCACUGUACUCGUAUACUUCCGGGACGGCCGAUCACUUGGCGUCACUGCUUCUCGAGGAUGUCGAGUUCACGGAGAGGUACAUUGCUAGGAAUCAGGAGAAGCUGUCUACGACGUAUGCGUAUGCAACGCGCCGCCUCAAAGAGUUGGGGAUCGAGUAUGCGCCUGGCUGCAAUGCUGCAUUUUUCUUGUGGGUGAACCUGGGGAAGCGGUAUGUUGAGCUGCAUCCCGAAGAGGCGGGAAGCGUAGUGGGCGAGAAGGUGAUGCAGCGACUACUGCAGAAGAGGGUGUUUCUCGCUAGUGGUACGUUAUUUGGGUCGGAGAAGGACGGAUGGUUCAGGAUUGUUUUCACACAUCCCGUGGAGUUCUUGGACUUGGCUUUCGGCAGGAUUGCUGCUGCUCUAGAGUAG